CGGCGGGAAGGCUGUCGGUUAGGUGCUGUCGCUCGAGAAGAUGACUACGACAUCUGAAAAAAGAGCUAAUGAGACUGAUGAUGUAUAUUAUAAGGCAAAUGUAGUUUUAGUUGAUAUUGAAGGUACCACCACUUCGAUUGAUUUUGUUAAGAACACCCUUUUCCCAUACGUGAGGAAAAAUUUAGACGUGUAUUUGAAAAGCAAGUGGAAUGAUGCUGAAUUCAAAGAAGACCUAAAAUUGCUCCGAGAGCAGUCUAAACAGGACGAAGCAGAUGGUACAGAAGGCUUUGUUAAAAUACCAGAGGGUGUCUCAGAAGAUAUUUCUGAGGAUGUGAAAAAAAAUGUUUUAUGGCAGAUGGACUUGGAUCGUAAAACUAAAGCACUGAAGCAGCUGCAGGGACACAUAUGGCGAGAUGCUUAUAAGAAAGGAGAGGUUAAAGCUCAUGUGUAUCCAGAUGUUGCCCCAGCACUGAAGUCUUGGAAGCAGAGUGGGAAAGAUAUUUAUGUAUAUUCAUCUGGAAGUGUUGAAGCACAGAAGUUACUGUUUGGUCACACACAGGAUGGUGAUUUACUUGAGCUUUUUUCGGGUUACUUCGAUACAGCAGUGGGGCCAAAAGUGGAAGAGAGCAGCUAUUCCAACAUUGUUAAGUCCUUGAAGUGCAGAAGUGAAGAAAUUAUAUUCUUCACAGAUGUUCCAAAAGAAGCAAGAGCAGCAAAAUCAGCAGGCUUACAGGCUGUCAUUGUGGUCAGAGAAGGAAACCUUCCUAUUACAGAUGAAGAUAAACUUGAGUUUCCAGUAAUAAAGUCAUUUGAUGACAUUGUAUUUGAAACAUCUGUGAAGAGAAGAAAGAAAUCUGAAGAGGAAACAUUAGAACAGGGAAAGGAAAAUUCUGCUGUAGUUGAUGUAUCUAGUAUGCAGGAUGUGGAAAUGCAAGAAGAGCCAAUUGCUGAUAAAACUCAAACAUCAAAAGCAGCUGAAGGGGUAAGUAGUACUGAGAUGGUUGAGGCUGUAGUACAGCCAGAUUCCAUGAAGCAAACAGCUGUGGAACAGUGUGACAGCAUUGAAGAAGCAAAUCAGACCAGCUGCAAAGACAAAGAUAAUGUGAGCAAUGAUCUUAGCAGUACUAAGAAAACUGGUAGUGAGGUACUUGCUGAUAAGGGUACUGUUGCAAUUACGGAGCAAAAAAAGUCAAAUGAAACAAAUACAGAUACAUUGGAAAUAAAUGGUGCAGAUAAGUUGGAUGUGAAUAUUGAUAACCAGGUAGAAACCAAUGGGCCCAAAUGUCCUAAAGACAGUCUCUCUAAAUCUGAUGCUAAUAAUAUUGAUACUCCAAUAAAAACAAAUAGUGAUAACUCUACAAAUUCGAAAGAUGCAAUAUUAAAUGAAAAAAAGAAUAGCAGUUCAUCUUCGGAAAAGUGUCCUAGUCCUGAAGCUAAGAACUUGCCAAUCACUGGUAAUGACACUGUAGUUCCUGAUGGUAAGACUGAUAUUAAAUUGGCUGGCAGUGAUAAGGCCAAGCUUUGUGAUAAGACUGAAAUGGGAGAACAUGACAGCAAUAUUUGUGAUGACUCACCUCAUCCAUCUGGUAAGGAUGGUACAGAAUCUCUCUCAUCUGAUGCUACUGACAGUAAGACAAAGGUAGAAUCUCUGACUGAAAAGACUGAAUCCACAUUACUUAACACAGCUGAGCUGCCAAAUAAGACUGAAUGUACACAUACAGAAAAGACUGAAAACAUUUGUGCAAAGACUGAAUGUGUCACUACUGAUAACUCUGAAUCUGCUCCAGUUAGUAAGACUGAAUCCCUAAAACCUGUUGAAGCUGAACCUGUCACUAAAAAGACUGAAUCCGAAGUAAAUAAGACUGAACCAAUGGAAACAGAAGAUCUGACACCUGCACGCACAGAAGACCUCAAAAGUAAGGAUGAAUCAGAACAAAAAGAUAAAGAAGUUGCACAGGAGAGUGCACUAGUCAGUGGGGUAGGAACUGAUAUUUCUCCAGCAACAGAUGGGGUUAAAGGUAAAGCAGCUUUGCCCUCAAGUGAGACCAAGGCUCCAGCAGCCGUAGAUGGAGGUAAGAUUGAGGUUGCUUUGGAGGCAACUGAGACUAUGAUGGAGGCAGCCGUAGAUGACAGUAAGGCCGAGGAUGUAAGGGAAGCAAUUCCACAUGAUGGUAAGGCUGAGGUUACAGCAGAGGCAACACCAUGUAGUGGUAAAGCUGAGCCUACAGUGGAGGCAAUCUCGGAUGGUUCUGAGGCUGCAGUGAAGGCAUCCUCAAAUGAUGGCAAUGCCAAGGCUGCAGUGAAGGCAUCCUCCAGUGGUAAGGCCGAGGUUGCGGCGCAGGUGAUCCCAGAUGGUGGUAAGGCUGACACUGCAGUGAAGACAAUGUCAGAUGAUGGUAAGGAUGAGGCUGCUGCAGAAGUGAUGCCCGAUGGUAGUAAGGAUGAGGUUGCUGCAGAAGUGAUACCAGAUUGUAUUAAGGCCGAGGCUGCAGCAGAAGUCACGCCAGAUGGUGGUAAGGCCAAGGAUACGGCAGAGGCAACGUCAGAUGGUAAGGCUGUGGUGGAGGUGACGCCAGAUGCUGGUAAGGCCGAGGCUGCGGCAGAGGCAACCCCAGAUGCUGGUAAGGCCGAGGCUGCGGCAGAGGCAACCCCAGAUGCUGGUAAGGCUGAGGCUGCGGCAGAGGCAACCCCAGAUGCUGGUAAGGCUGAGGCUGCGGCAGAGGCAACCCCAGAUGCUGGUAAGGCCGAGGCUGCGGCAACCCCAGAUGCUGGUAAGGCCGAGGCUGCGGCAGAGGCAACCCCAGAUGCUGGUAAUGUCGAGGUUGUGACGGAGGCGACCCCAGAUAGUGCUAAGGUUGAGGCUGCUGUGGAUGCAACCCCAGAUAGUGCUAAGGUUGAGGCUGCUGUGGAUGCAACCCCAGAUAGUGCUAAGGUUGAGGCUGCUGUGGAUGCAACCCCAGAUAGUGCUAAGGUUGAGGCUGCUGUGGAUGCAACCCCAGAUGAUGGUAAGGCAGAGACUGCAGUGGAGGUGACCCCUGAGGACAAUAUGAUGGAGGCAGCCCCAAAUAGUUGUAAUACAGAUUCUGUGACAGAGGCGGACCCAACUGGUGAUAAGGCUGAGGUGAAUGGUGGCAAUGCUACAAAAGUCAUUUCAGAUGUCAAGGCUAAUAGUGUUGCAUCUGUGACUGAAAUUAAAGCUGAUAACAAAACUGAUGUGCCCAUGGAAGAUGUUGAACCAAUGGUCACAGAUGACACUGAACGAAUGUCAACUGAGAAAGCCGAACCUGUGAUCAAAGAUGAGUCUGAACCAAUGGUCACAGAUGAAGCUGAAUCUGUAGCAACAGAUGAAGCAAAGCCCGACACUGAAGGAGCAAAAAAUUCAUCAAGUGAUGCUGAACAUAUGGUGACGGAAGAUCCUGAACCAAUGGUUACAGAUGAUGAACCCAUGGCUACAAAUAAGGAUGAAGCUGUGAACAGUACAGUAAAAGAUGAUGGUAAUGACAAACCUAAAGCAACACAGGCUGAGAGAGAGACAGCAGCUGAUGAGGAAAGCAGUAAAUGUACAAAAGAUGCUCCCAUAGAUUCCACCCCUGUGGUUGACAAUGCUAACUGUAACUCUGUGAACAAAGAUAUAGCUAUUAAGAAGGAAAAUGAUCCUGCCGGCACAGGGAAGCUUGAUGCAGUGUCAACUGCAAAAGAUGAUAUACUUGAAACUAAGACUGAAUCAUCAAAUAAUGAAAAUAAAAUAAGUGAGGCUCAAGGUCAGAAUGUUGCAGAUAAUGUAAAAGAAACUGAAAAUGAAUUAAAGGAAGGGAAAAAGAAUGUUAAUAGUUGUGUUGAAAAUGGUGAGAGUACAGAAAAGACUGAGAACACUAGUGAGAAGCUUAAAGUAGCAGUGGAGAGUACUAAUAAAGUGGCUGACAAUGUUGUUAGCACUUAGACCAUGCUUGCAUAAAUAAAAUUAUUGAAACUAACAUAAUAUAUGGUUGUUAAUGUAAGCGAUGUACCAGUGAGACUGCUACAGUUUAAAAUACAGAUGGAAAAAUGUACUUUCAGUCUUAAGUGCCAAAAUAUGGAGCUUUAAACAGUUUCACUAUAUAACACUUUCCCAACAAUUGCUAGCAAAUGAAGGGUACCACUUGUACUUCCAGGCAAGUCAGGCUGUUUGAUGUUCCUUAUGUCCCAUAUUUUACAGUGUCUGGCUUUGCCAUUUGGUAAACCAUGUUGCUAAUAAGAAUUCACAUGUUGUAAAUAUAUCAUACAUAAUGUAAUAAGGUCCAUUCCUGAAAUUUAGAGUACAUGGACUAGUUGUGCUCAAUUCUGCUACAUUCCGAGAGCUGCCAUAAGUGUUCACUUUUACAACUACCUUAGAAGAUAACAUUUUAAUGUUUUCACAUGGAGAUUAUAUUUUUAUAUCAAUGUACUACUGUAAAGUUAAUCUGUACUUCCUAAACUUUUUUAUUAAUAUAUUCCUUCUUAUAAUAGUAAUAGGACUGAGUUAGCUGUUGCAGUUCAUAUUGCAGCAACAGCAGAUACGUGAAAGUUGUCAGUUUUCUACUUGUCCUGCCUCUGUGAAUAUCUCCUGCACUGUUCUGGACACUGUCAAAUGUUUUAAUGUACAGUGACCACUUUGUAUUAUUUUGAAACAAUGUUCCUUUUACCACAGUAUUGCUGUAACACUAGAAGAGUAUUGAAGUGAUAAGUUUUGUAACUGCAGUACAGGAAUUUUACUCUUUAUAAAGUAUAAUUUUUUUAAAUUAGCAGUCUCGUAAGUAAAUUUUAGGGCAGUUGCAGUGAUCUUGUACUUAUGAGAAAUGUAUUAUGUACUAUAGAGUAUUGUGAAGUAAAAUUUUCAAAAAUACAUUGAGGGGAGAAAGUGUCAAAGCCUGCAAUUUUGUAAUAUUGUGAAUAAUAGUUGUAUCUGCGUAGUUGUCUUUGUCAACGAUGUAAAAUGACAAUAAAAAUUGUCUUAAGCAA